AUGUCCGAAAAAUACGGUGUAAAUGCGGUGGUGAGCGAGGUCGACGAUUUCCAACGAUUCAAGCAUAUCCACUGGCGAGCACCGAUUGUCAUGGGUGUCAGCUUUCUCGGAGGUGUCGUUCUGAUGGCAUUACACCACGUAUUAUACCAGACUAUAGAUGGCGAACCUGCAACCGCGGCUGCCGUCCAGUCAUGGGUUAUCCGAGCCGGCACUGCGUUGGCUUUCAUUUCGAAGCUAUGUCUUGCGAUCGGUACAGGAGUUGCAUACGAUCAGUGGAUGUGGGUGGACCUACACUCAAAGCCGCACGAAAUUGGAUGUUUGGAUUCAAUGUUUGCAAUCCUCCAAAACGCCUUCGAAUUUCUGAAACUACGAGUAUGGUUCAAUAGGCCGGCAUUGGUCUUUCUGGCCGCCGUCACCUGGCUACUACCCAUAUCCUCCAUAUUCACGCCGGGCACAAUAUCGAUCCAGUCUGUUCCAGUGACCGUAAAUGGAACGUUGCAGGUUCCCCAGCGGUCAUAUACUACUGCCAGCGACCUAUAUUGCGGAACAUCAACUGACGGGAACCUGACUUCAUACCAGUCUUUGGCGACAGGACUUCUCAAUCCGACUUUUGCUACCCUUCUCGCCAAUAGCGUUCUCCCUGUCCAGGCCUCGCCUACUAAUCUCACUUACGACCUUGGAUUUUACGGACCCGCAGUCUCGUGCCAACCCUCCAGCGACCAAGAUUUUCAAUGGGCAAAGAAGGCAAUUUCGGGAUACGAGAACAUGACGAACACCAGGGUGUUUUAUUUUGGCUGGGUUCCGCAGUCAGGAUGGGGACCCGAGGUGAACGGGUCGUUUUUCGCUUCAACCGAUGUUCAAAUUGGCAACUUCCGGAUUGACUUCCAGUCGCAAGAUGCUGCGCGGGUCUUUGUCUAUCUCAACACGACCGGCGUUGAUGCAAAGGGACACCGAGCCCCUUUUGUCCAGGCACCUGCCGCGCAAAUGAUGACAUGUGCACUUUACAACGCGUCCUAUGCGGCGCAUUUCGACGUUGAAAGCACUGGAUCACAGAGAGUCACGGCAUACCAAACCUUUCAGAACUGGAUGGCGGCUUCUAGCACCAUGAACGGGACUGCCAGCGAUCCCUUGGUCACCCUUCAAAUGAAUAUGCAAGCUGUCAUGGAGGCUUUCGGUAUGAUGAUCAUUGGGCCCAUAACAUAUUCAAAUGUGGACCAGGGUCCUACUCUAAACUCGGUGUAUGCAUUAAGCAUGAAUCCAGCCAUGUUUCCGUCUCAACCAGGACUGAAUCAGACCGAGAUGACUCUUCGAUCGAUGAAGUUGAAUGAAGCUCUAUUUCAGAAUAUUACGCUCAGCAUGCGUUAUGGGGUAUCCUCCGGAAUUGUGUUCUCUGAUGAGACUGCAGCUGCAGUUGUCAAAGCAGAUUUCGAGCCACAAUUUGUCUAUCAACCGCGAACGUUGCUCAUAGCAUACGGAAUUAACACUCUGUUUGCUUUUAUAUGCGUCAUGAUGGGGGUCCAUGCUCUGCUCCAAAACGGGGCGUCUUACACAAAUUCUUUCUCGACCAUUGUCAGAGUCACGCGAGAUCCUUCUCUGUCCAGAUUGAUUGCAGACGAAGGGGCCCUGCAAGGGGCAGAGCCUGUGCCCAAACACAUCCGCAGGGCAGAGGUCCGCUUAGGGCGAAUGGCGAAAACCUCGAUUAGCAACUCUUCUAGUUGGCUGUGA